AUGGAGAUUGAAUUGGAGACGUAUGAAUAUAAUUGUGUACAUUUAUCUCCCGAGAAUAAUAACAGUUAUUUAUCUAAAUUUUUGGUUGAAAGUAAUAAUCAAAAAGAAACACAUGUGGAAUUCUCAGUAGAAAUUUAUCUCGCUUUAACACUCCGAUGUAAAGGAUACUUCAUCCCAAUUAGAAAUCUAAAAUUUUAUUGGGAAAUAGAUGACAAUGACCAUUCAAAAAAAGAGCCGCUUUCUCCUCCAGACCAUUCAAAAAAAGAGCCGCUUUCUCCUCCAGACCAUUCAAAAAAAGAGCCGCUUUCUCCUCCAGAUCUCAAAAAAAUGAAAAACGAACACCCAAUAUUAUUUGAAAUGGCGUUUUAUUAUUUAGAAAAAAAAUUUCAAAAAGUAUUACAAAAAUUUACUUAUAAUGAUCUUUGGUUGAAAAAUUAUUUUGGUUCCGAAUUGAAGGAUUUUUUGCAAAAAUUAAUAACCGGACCUAAAAAUUAUAGCAGUUGUCAUUUUCAACCGGAGAAUGAUAAGGAGGAUUUUGUUGUGCAAUCCACGAAGAAACUUAAAAGCUGGCAUGUAAGUUCGCGCUUCAUAACUGGGAUAGAGAAAUGUGCAAGUAUGAACGCCAUUUGCCCAGAUCGACUGGAUGAAGCUAGACAAAAAUGUCGCAGCAUUAUAGGAGACAUUGUUGAAAAAUUAAAAACAAAUAAUAUUGAAGUAACUCCGGAAUUUUUCGGAAGAGCUUCCGAAGAUUUUCCAUCGGAAAAGUGUGAAAGAGAAUUUGAUGUCAUGCUUGUUUAUAACGUGAUUGGAACUGUUGAGAAAAUACCAUCUCCUAUUGCCGACCUCUGUUUUAUGAUGGUAAAAUCUGGAAAAAGCAUACCAAUACCAACAGUAACUGACAAGGAUGAUCAUAAUCGUUACUUAAUACCAUCCUUUCUGUUGAAGUACUUUAAAGAAAAGAUUGAUAUGUGCUGCGGUGAAUAUGAUCGAGAGCAUUGGAACAUAAAAACAGAACUUCGUGGCCAAAGCAUUCUAAUGAAAGUCUCAAUACAGCAAGGUGUAGAUGUUGGAGUUUUGGAAUUCUCAAUAGAUAUAUGUCCUACAUUGAAAGUGGACAAUGAAUUUUACGUAUGUAAUCACUAUGAUAAAUUUGGGCGCUCGUUCAUCUGGGGUAAAGAUCUUUUUUCGUGGAGAAAAACUUACAGCAUUAAUGAAACAGAACUAAUUUUUCAAUUCACUCCUGAAAAACAGGACCAUAAAAAGAUUUUACAUGUUUUCAAGUUUAUUAAUGAUUAUUACAAGCCAUUUGAAAAAAGCUUAUCUUAUUAUUUCAAAAUUACUGUAUUAAAGACAUUGUCGAAACACCAGGAUGAGUGCCGGUCAAAAAAAAGAUUAGGGUUGAUGUUGAUAGAUUGGUUGAAUUCUUUAGUUACAUUUUUGAAAGAUCGUCAUCUGCCUUGUUUUUUCCAACAGGAUGAUGAACAGUUGAUUGUAAUAGAUGGAGAAUAUAUCUUAAAAUAUCGGCACUUGUUGCAGAGGUUAAUUGAUGAAGAAGACUUUAUGAUGGAGAUCUUGGAAAAAACUACUAAUUAA